UUACACUGCCAAACCGACACCAGACCGACUACAGACUGAUCAAAAAAUACCAUUACCUCCAACAUGUCCAGUUUAGUCGGUGUAGGUUACUGAGAUUAACCUGUGCUUUAUACAGAAAUGAAUUCCAUUGGAAUACGUGCUGGACACGCCUAAGGAUUUGAACAAAAGCGACGGGCAUAAUAUGCACGGGUGAACGCUGCUUCGUUGUAUCAUGGUUGAAGAAGUCUAUGGUUGUAUUGAAAUAUUCGAGCAGUAACAGAGAAGACGGGGUAGAGUGAAUCUUGGCUUUACAUUAUUGCACAACGUAGAUAGAGGAACGGACUCUUAACUAUAAAGCACAAUGUCCAUAGUUAGGGAGAUACAGGAGUGAAAAGCAAUUGAUGGAAUACUACUCCAGCAGAGCCACGUGAACAUGAACAUGCACUGCAGUAGCUUGUCCUAGCAUCAAAACCAGAUGUACCACUGAAUAUUUUACCAUCCCAGACUGAUAUAAGACGUACCGAACGAGUUCGGUAGAGGAUUCUCUUGUUUGUGUUACCUCUGAGACGCCAGCCAUGGAUUGCUGCAGGGACCUUUGCUCCAACAUCAGCCGGAGGAAACACCUUGGCACUCAUGAGGAGCUUUACGAGACUUCCCUACGCCGUUCUUUAACCACAUUCCAGCUGACGGUCAUGGGUAUGGGUGCCAUGAUCGGGGCCGGUCUCUACGUGCUCUCUGGGGUGGAAGCCAAGGAGGUCACAGGACCUGCCAUUGUUGUCUCCUAUGCCAUUGCGACCGUUGCCGCCAUACUGUCAGCUCUGUGCUACGUAGAGUUCGCGUGUAGGAUACCCAAGACAGGGUCUGCGUACACCUUUACCUACGUCGCCAUAGGUGAAAUAUGGGCUUUCCUUAUCGGAUGGAACUUGAUCCUGGAAUACGCCAUAUCCGCCGCCUCGGUAGCCUCCUCGUUCGUGGGUUACAUGGAUUCUUUGACUGGGUACAAGAUAAGAAACUAUACCGUUGAAACCAUCAUGGGUGGGGAGCUAUGGGACGUUCCAUACAUAGCGCCAUACCCGAAUCUACUCGCCUCUUUAUUAAUUAUUUUAAUAUCGAUAUUUAUAGCGGCAGGGGCCAACGUGUCUGUAGGGGUCACCGUUGUGCUCAUGGGCGUCAACAUCGUGGUCAUCAUCAUUAUCGUUGUGUUGGGGUUCAUGAAAGCCGAUAUCAAAAACUGGCAGGAUUACGGUGGUUUUGUACCUAACGGACCUGCGAGCGUGAUUGCGGGGGCGGCGACCCUCUUCUACUCGUUCGUUGGCUUCGAUACAAUCGCCAUUGCCAAUGAAGAGACGCUGAACCCCAGGAAAAGCAUCCCGAGAGCUACCUUCAUGUCAAUCCUGAUAACCAGUGUGUGCUACAUCCUUGCAUCCGCUGUGCUGACCCUCUUGGUUCCUUACCCACAGUUGGAUGAAGAAUCGGCAUUCGCAGCUGCCUUCCAGCAACGCGGUAUCGAGUGGGCGAGGUGGAUGGUGGCUGUGGGAGCCCUAUGUGCAAUGUUUACCACGAUCGUCAUGUCUCUCUACAGCCUCCCAAGGUCGAUCUACGCAAUGGCUUCUGACGGACUACUCUUCGAUUUCCUAGGAACUGUAAAUCAAUACACCAAAGUGCCUGUUUAUGCAGUUCUCUUCUCCAUGGUUCUUGUGGUCAUACCUGCCAUGUUCUUUACCUUGUCUCAGCUUGUUGAAUUCCUCUCCAUUGGUGUUCUUCUCGGAUAUGCUUUCGUGUCAGCUGCGGUCAUUACCCUUCGCUACGGACCCGAUGAUAUAACGACGGGCAACGAUGCAAGCUUGGAGAUGACAUCAUCACCCAAUGGACAUGAUGAUCAGAAACCCUCUGCGCAGCCCCUUGAUGAUAACUCAAAACUUCUGGUCGCAACGUCCGCAGGCGUCCCAGGAACUCUCAAACACCAAUUUCGUUCAACACCACUCCUGCGCGCUCUUGCUCGCCUUAGACCAGGAGUCGCAGUCAAGAUCGGUCUCUGGGUUUCUAUUUUCUUCAUGUCCUGUACUCUUUCUCUCGUGGAGUACGGUAGCUCUGACAUAGCUGCGCCUAAGGUGUGGGCCAUACUACUUCUCAUCUUCUUCAGCGUCUGCACUCUUCUAAGUUUUCUCGUCAUCACUAUUCACUACCAGAAUGUAGAUACACAGGACUACUAUAGGGUCCCAUUUGUUCCACUUUUUCCAUGGCUUAGUAUUUUUGUCAAUGUAGUACUGCUGAUGAAGCUCAGACCGAUCACGUGGUUACGUUUCCUGAUUUGGGUCACCGUAGGUUUAUUCAUCUAUUUGGUAUACGGGUAUCGCCACAGCAAGGCCGGGAGAAUCUCGCGGGAGAGACUUAACAAUGAAAGCACGGAUGUUGGCAAUCAUGGCAACGGAUCAACCGAGAAUGCUGCGACGUAUGGAAGUACCAAUUAGAAGGACAGGAAAAAAGGAAAUGAAACCAAAGACUGUCUGCUUUUGAUCUCCGUUUAAAAGCUAAAUAUGAGAAAUGAAAGAUAUUAUUAUAUUAUAUUUGUUAUAGGGAACAUGGGAGUUAAUAGGAGAAAAUUGGGUUAAUUAUUUUCUAACUCUUAGGCAGGAUAUUAAUUUGGAUAAAAUAUAUCCAUAUAUUAUAUUUAGAAUUAUAAUUCAUUAGCGGUGAUUGCAAUAUUUCUUUCUUUUUCACUAUAAACAAUAAAUUUAUCCCACAUUUAAAAA